AUGGCGUUGCUGACAUUUGGAAACUGGGAAGACACAGAUACCGUUCCUUAUACAACCUACUUUGAGAGAGCAAGAAAAGGAAAACCCAAAUGGAGGAGGUUGCCCGGGAUUCACAGAAAGUUGCAGAGCCAGAGACAGCAAUGCCAAAGCACAAGCACUACCGAAGUGGAGAUGAAGCUGAGCGAAGAAGGCUCAGUGACUACCCUGCAUCAAGACCCUAGUUGCCCUCUAGAAGUCAGAACGUUCCUGCAUUUUGUUGCUAUGUGGCUUGAACCAAUUGGUUCUGAUUCUCGUGUUCUGUUUUAUCAGCCUAAUCACUGUACAACCAUUCCUAAACUCGGAGAUUGGGACGAGACAAACCUUUCGUCAGCCGAUGGAUACACGCAUGGAUUUAAUCGUGUUGUGGAGGAAAAGAAGGGUGCCGCAAGAACAACACCAGCGACUGCAACCGAGACCCCUCAUUCCAAUGAUCAGCAUUUGCUUGCUCAUACAAGGUCCGAUGUAUCGACAGGAGGGUUGAAGAAACAAAUGUUGUGCAUUCAUUAGGUUUUUCUCGCAUUUGCCAAAUUCUGCUUUGCCUUGUAUCGUAUUCAUACAUUCCAUGCGUAUAAAUGGCAAUAAUACGCAGCUGUUCGUAUUCAGCUGGCUUCUUCUUCUAACUGAUUGGGUGAGGAAUGAGGCAUUUUGAGUUCACAGCAAUCACCUAUGUUCAGGCUAGCUAUCCUCUUAGCAACAUCAGAGCACAACAUUCCAGCACCACAAUCCAAUGAUUUGCAUCAGUAACUACUGAAAGGCACACCACUUGCUGAGUCUCCCGAAUUCCCUUGCGUAGAGAUAAAGUCCAUUUACCAUCGAUGUGCUUUCUAGGGGUCCAGGCAGUUCGCCAACAGACCGAGAACAAGUCAGCUAUAAUCGAGCGAACCUCUUAAGCUGCAGACUUGUAUCUGGUGUACUUUCCGCAAAGCAUUGGCAAAACUAAAACAAUUUGUCCAGCCGAGAAAGCACUAUGUAGAGCCUUUGCUCGAGAAGCAAGCAACAUGGCAAGAAUUUUCCAAGCAGAUAUUCCUCGGUUGGCCCAUAUAAUC